AUGGGGAUCGGAGACGUCGAGAAGAUGGUAGCCGUCGGCCUCAUCUGGGGUGCCACAAAUGCCCUUAUGCGUCGAGGCGCACUUAUAUCAGAACAACAAAUUCUUAAGCAAAAAUCAUCAUCAAGCAAAACCCACAAAAACCCAAUUCUCAAAACCCUGAUUGACUGGUUUAAUCUCCUUUUAGUUUGGCAGUACUCUGUUCCUUUCCUCGUAAACCUAUCUGCUUCCGCUACUUUUUUCGCCAUUCUAAGUGACACACCGAUCUCUCUUGCUGUUCCAGUCACCAAUGCGACGACAUUCGCUGCCACCGCCGUGUUUGGGAUGUUGCUCGGUGAAGAGACGCGAGUUGGGUUGACUUUGUUUGGUACUUUUCUGAUUGUUCUUGGUGUUUAUGUUUGUGUUGUUUGA